AUGUCUGCUACCGUGGUUGAGCGUAAGCACAGCGACUUCAACGCUGAGCCGUCUAGCGACGGCGCAAUCAGUGAAGAAGUCCGCUCGGCCCAUGGCGAUUCGACAACUGUCACAAAAGAAGCAGAGACCGAUAUUAAAGGUGUCCCUGUGUACAACGCCGACGACGACUAUGACGAUGAGACCAGACACGACACAAUCAUCGUCACAGGCGCCGAUGCUGCUAAACAUCUUCUGCCAAUGCGAGAUGACCGCGAGCCGGCGUUGACGUUUCGCAGUAUUUUCCUUGCGACCCUUCUCUCUGGCUUCCAGGCUGUCAUGUCUCAAAUCUACGAGUUCAAACCGACCUAUAUUACCAUUCAAGGAACGUUCAUCGUUAUUAUCGCCUACUUUCUCGGUAACGCCUGGGCCAAAUUCCUUCCCCGCGGUGACCACUUCGAGGCACGAUGGAGAAGCAAAGGAGGCCAAGGAGAACUACCUCUUUGGAUCAGGAUCAUCUCCUUCUUCAACUACGGGGCUUGGAACCUGAAAGAGCAUGCUGUUUGCGCCAUCACUGCCAAUUCUGCAUCAAAUGGAAUGGCAAGUGUGGUCGUGUUUGCCGCGCAAAAUCUCUUCUACGACCUGCCUCUAAGCACAACUACCGUGGUUUUGAGUACUCUCUCCAUUGGUCUGUUUGGCUAUGGCGUGGCAGGCCUCAUUCGUCCUAUUGCUGUCUGGCAUGUUGAGUCGGUUUAUUGGGGCACUCUUCCGCUUGUCAAGGUUCUUCAGGGCAUGCACUGGCAGCAAGUCAAGAACUCCAAGCCUCUCCGUUAUUUUUGGUAUGCCUUUGGAGGAAUGUUCACAUAUGAGUGGUUUCCAGCCUACGUCUGGCCAUGGCUCAACUCCGUUUCCAUCCCAUGUCUGGCCUCUAUGCAUGCGACUGGAGAGACAGCGGCUGUUCUCACCAACCUCUUUGGCGGUUCCAUUCCCAAUGAGGGACUAGGUCUUUUCAACAUUGGAUUUGACUGGCAAUAUAUUACCUCGUUCCAGACAUCGUUGCCUCUGAAGUUCCAAUUGAACCAAGCAGCUGGCUUCUUGGCGUGCUAUGUCGUCAUGAUUGGGAUCUACUAUGGCAACGGCUGGGGUGCGAGGUCGCUGCCAUUCAUGUCGACACGACUUCUCACUGCCAAUGGCACGUCCUACCCUGUUUCUAAAGUUUUCGAGCACGGCGUGCUUAACGACGAUGCCCUGGCUACUUAUGGAGUUCCUAAGCUCGCGGGAUCAUUUGCCUACGCAAUGUUCAUGGCAAAUGCAGCUAUUGGAGCUAUGGUUGCACACUGUAUUCUCUUCUGGGGCAAGGAUGUGAUCAAAUCGUACAAGAACUCGAGGAAAGGACAAUCCGAUGACCGUCAUCACCAGCACAUGGCAGAACACUACAAGGAAGCACCAGCAUUGUGGUAUGGCGGUGUGAUUCUCUUCAGUUUUGUUCUCGGUCUCGUUGUUGUUCUUAAGGAAAAUGUCACCCUACCGGUGUGGGCCUACAUUAUCUCCUUGAUUCUAGGAAUCAUUAUCGGACCUUUUAGCACUCUUUUGUAUGCACGUUUCGGAAACGGUAUCGCUACAAACAAUCUGUCAAAGUUGGUGGGAGGUCUCCUGGUGCCUGGACGCCCCGUUGGUAACAUGUACUUCGCUGCUUGGUCCCACAACGUCAUUGUGAAUACGGUCAAUCUAUGUAACGACUUGAAGAUGGGUGAAUAUCUCAAAAUUCCCCCUCGUGUCAUGUUCGUCACACAGAUAUACGGCACCGUCCUCGGUUCUUUCGUGAACUACGCCGUUAUGAUUGGUAUUGUUACUGGCAAUCGGGAGCUUCUCGUCGAUGGCAACGGUGAUGCUUCUUGGAGUGGAGCUACAAUUCAGUCAUACAAUACCAAUGCCGCUUCAUGGGCACUAGCGAAAUACCUCUACAAGUCCGGCCAGACAUAUUCAAUCGUUCCUAUUGGUCUAGCAAUUGGCGCUGCCUGUGUGGUCGUCCACUGGGCCGUGGUGAAGUUCAUCCCCAAAAUUCGUGGUGUCUCGCUCUCGGACUUCAAUUUCCCACAAUUUAUCCAAUUCGCCGGAUACAUCCCUUACAAUUCACCACAGACAUGCGUCAUUUUCAACCAAGUCGCAUCGGGCUUCUUUGUGCAGUACUAUCUUCGCAACUACCAUCCGCGUAUCUUCAGAGACUAUUCGUAUCUGAUAGCAGGUGCUUUUGACGGCGCUAGUCUGCUGGUGCUGUUCAUUCUGUCGUUUGCAGUGUUUGGUGCGGGUGGUCCUUCGAUCCCUUUCCCGCAGUGGUGGGGCAACAAUAUCAAUGGAAACUAUGACUUCUGCCCGGUGACCGAUUGA